CCAGGGCCCUGUUAUUGCUGGAAUAGGAGCUCAGGGUGAGAGGGGCUGCUUUGGGUUGUCCUGCAGACAUCACUCAGGACUCCUACUGUGCACCUGCCACUGCUGGAUCCAUAGGGAGGCAUUUCAUUCAUUAUGAAGCUUAUCAUAUGAAAAAUACUCACUGACGGAAUAUCUGUUGACCUCAAGCCUUUGGUAACCUCCAUCUUGCCUCUUCAUUCAAUGCCUAACGUAGAGGCAGACAGAGAAGCUAAUGGUUCCUCCAGCAGUAAGCACAAGUCCAAAGAGAAGGCUCCAGAAGAUCAAAUACAAGAAAAUGUAAAGCCCUUAAAUGUGGGUGACUCUACAAACCUUGGUUCUGGUGGUGAACGAAAUUAUCCUUGGGGGUGUCCAGUGACUCACACUAGAGAAAAGUUCUAUACUGUCUGUUCAGACUAUGCAUUCUUGAACCAAGCAACAUCUUUGUGCAAAGUUCCGAGCUCAGGGAGUAGCUCAAGCUCUCAAGAUAAACCUCCUUUCAACAAUACCUUGAAUUACGUUGAUCUUCAGGCUAGUGGAUCUGAUAGUAUUUAUAAUGAAGACACACAUUUGGAUUCAUUGUCUAGUGAUCUUGGGACCCUUCCUCUUGCUUGGGAAAUUGACACAUCUGACUUCAACACAAUGACUACAAAGAUAAAGACCAAACCAGGAGUCAUUAAUAAACAAGCCUCAAAGAAGAAACCUGAUAGAAAGGUGAAGCCAUUAAGAGACUGUAGCCAACACUUUAUUGUGGAUGACAUCAAGCAACGGAAAGUUCUCGAUCUUCGGAGAUGGUACUGUAUCAGUCGACCCCAGUAUAAGACAUCAUGUGGGAUUUCCUCUUUGGUAUCCUGCUGGAACUUUCUAUACAGCACUCUGGGAUCAGGAAGUCUUCCACCACUAACUCAAGAGGAGGCUUUACAUAUUCUCGGUUUCCAGCCACCUUUUGAAGAAAUUCGUUUUGGCCCGUUUACUGGAAAUACAACCUUGAUGAGAUGGUUCAGGCAAAUCAAUGAUCAUUUUCAUGUCAAAGGCUGUUCUUAUGUUCUUUACAAACCUCAUGGAAAGAAUAAGACUGCAGGAGAAUCUGCUGUUGGCGCUUUGUCAAAGUUAACUCAGGGCUUGAAAGAUGAUUCGAUGGCCUAUAUUUAUCAUUGCCAGAAUCAUUAUUUUUGCCCUAUUGGAUUUGAAGCCACCCCAGUAAAGGCCUGUAAAGCAUACAGGGGUCAGCUGUUCCAACAUGAAUUAGAAUACUGGAUAUUAAUUGGCGAGCCAAGCAGGAAGCAUCCAACGAUUCACUGCAAAAAGUGGGCAGAUAUUGUUACUGAUUUGAACACUCAAAACCCAGAAUUUUUUGAUAUAAGACAUACAGAAAGGGGACUGCAAUACAGGAAAACGAAAAAGGCUGGAGGAAAUCUUCAUUGUCUCUUGGCAUUUCAGAGACUUAGCUGGCAGAGAUUCGGCCCCUGGACCCUGCAGCUUGGAAACCUGAGACCUCAACCUCCUGUUCAUGCAAGAAAAAUUCCUAAAUCGGAAAGUGAAGAUAAUGUCUCAAAGAAACUCCAUGGGCAUUUAGGAAGGUCAUUCAGUGCAAGCUUCCAGCAAGAGCUUGCAUGGAAAAGAAUAUGUAAUUUUAGUGAGAGACUGAGCAGUGGAUCGCCAGAAAGUGACACAGAUGGUGAAGGAACUGAAUAAUCUGAGGGUUUGUAACCGUAACCAGCCAGUAAAAUGUCCAUUCUUUUUAUGGCCCUUAGCAAUAGUUAUGGACUGGAGAAUAAGCAUUCCAGAGGUGUAAAUUGAAGUACACUAAUAUACCUCCCGUAUUUCUAAACAUUGUUUUUGACCAGUACUAUACUCUACCAGGACAACAACAAUUUCCAAGCGUUCUCAGUUACACCAUCGGUGACACAUUCAUCACAAGAGGUCUUGUGACGUCUUCACAAUAUGACUUUAAGAUAUAUAAUGCUGGUAGGUUCUGAUAGACUAAAUGGAUUUAAGGUGAUCAUGAUGUGAAUCUGCAAGAACCAUCUGAAAAAAAGGUGGUGUGAUUCAAGUCACUCGAUAGCUUGUCUCAAUUAUUAGCUGCUUGAAUGGUGUAGAAUAAGAAGCAUUGAUUUACACAUUAUUAUAAAAGCAACAAACAAUAGACAUAGUUGUAAGGUAAACCCUGCAAAAGCAGACAAACAAGUUUUCCUUGAGCAUAAUUAUGUAACAGAAAAGCGCAGGGCCAGUAGAAGGUUAUUCUGCUAUUACAGCAUGUGGAGAUAUACAUAGCAGCCAAUAUAACACUUAGGGCUCAUGCACACGACCGUUGUUUUGCAUACUGUUUUUCACGGCUGCGUUGUUCCAUAUCUGAGUUUUUUUUUUUU